AUGAACCCAACAUCUCUCCACCCUGAUAAUUCCACCGACGAGCUAUGGGAGGACUCUCCAGAGUUUCCAGAGGGUUUCCCGUCAUCCGCUAUUGGUCAGGAUGGUGAGGCAGAUAUUUUUGGUCGCGGCUGUCUCGAUCUGGGGACAGAGGGGUGCGGCAUGGAUUGGUACCUUAUCAUUACUGGGCAGCAGCGCGGGCAGAUCUGGCUCCUGACUGGAGAAGGGGCUGUACCCUUUGGUGAGCUGUUCGAAUCCAUGAAGGUCCAGCCGGGGUUCGCUGGGUGGGCGCUUCAUUGGGCUGCAGGGAGGGAUUUGAUGGGCAGUGAUGAGGAGUAUAGCAUCAACCCGAAUUUAACCAAGACCCAGGAUCCCAACCAAUGCCAGUCAAAGGAUCGUGUACAUGUCCUGUACAUAUGA